GGGCUGCGGGCCCUCACCGGGUGCCUGCUGGGCGCCCUGGUGCUGAGCACGCUGGUGGGCAACGCGCUGGUGUGCCUGGCCGUCCUGCGCUUCCGCCACCUGCGCGCCAAGGUCACCAACUGGUUCGUGCUCUCGCUGGCCGUCUCGGACCUCUGCGUGGCCCUCCUGGUGAUGCCCUGGAAGGCGGUCACUGAGGUGGCCGGUGGCUCCUGGCUCUUUGGCAGCCGCUUUUGUGACACCUGGGUGGCCUUCGACAUCAUGUGCUCUACCGCCUCCAUCCUCCACCUCUGCAUCAUCAGCCUGGACCGGUACUGGGCCAUCGCCAGCCCCUUUCGCUAUGAACGCAGGAUGACGCAGCGCCUUGCCUGUGCCAUGAUAGCCAUGGCCUGGGCCCUUUCCAUCCUCAUCUCCUUCAUCCCGGUGCAGCUACACUGGCAUAAAGCCAAGGACAUGAGAUAUCCAGGCUCCUUGCUGCCUGGGACGCCUCGCUGUGAUGUCAGCCUGAACCGCACUUAUGCCAUCACCUCCUCCCUUAUCAGCUUCUACAUCCCCGUGGCCAUCAUGAUCAUCACCUACACCAGGAUCUACCGAAUUGCCCAGGCCCAGAUCCGCCGCAUCUCUACCCUCGAGCGAGCAGGGGGGCAGUGGCCAGCCCACGGCAAGGAGCCCACCUCCUCUUUGCGGAGUUCCCUGCGCAAGGAGACCAAGGUGCUGCAGACCCUCUCUAUCAUAAUGGGAGUCUUCGUUUGCUGUUGGCUGCCCUUCUUCCUGCUCAACUGUCUGCUGCCUUUCUGCCAGCCCAAGCUGGAGAGUGACCAUGAAGGACAGUCACCCUGCGUUGGCCAAACCACAUUCAACGUCUUUGUGUGGUUUGGCUGGGCCAACUCCUCAGUGAAUCCAGUGAUCUAUGCUUUCAACGCAGACUUCAGGCGGGCUUUCAGCAACCUGCUGGGCUGUCGGAGCUUCUGCUGUGGCACACCAAGAUCCACUGUGGAGAGGGUCAACUUCAGCAAUGAGCUGGUGUCCUAUCACCAUGACACUACCUGCCAGAAGGAAGGAGCUGCCUCAUCGUCAGUACCUGUGCCUGUGGUCACUGCCUGGGUGCAGGCUGUACCCCAUGCUGUAACCCUUCAGGGAGAGGACAGCAGCGAGGAGAUGUCUAUGGAGAAGAGGCCUGUGACUUCUCAGACACAGGCUGCCCCUGGCAGCAGCCCCAAGUCUCAGGUGCCAGCCAUUUUACAAUUUGACUGCAAGGCAGAGCUAUCCCUGGAAACUACUACUCCUUGUAUGGGGCUUGAAAUGCGUCCUUCAUGGAUAGUUGGGCGUGAUGGCAAUCUGUUCUUCGUGGCCAGGACUGGCAGGACAAGAG